GAGAAAGAAAGGCAGAUAACAGAGCUUAGGGAGAGAACUGUGAGAAAAUAGAACAUCUGAAAAGAGAACAUGCUCAGGAAAAGUCACGACAGGAACAAGAUAACACCACGGCUUUACAAGAGAAUCUAUCUCUCAUACCAACAAAUCAACGGUUAAAGCCAAGUCGGAACAAGUAGAAAUGUUACAGAAAGAGAUAUGUAAUUUAAAACAGAUUAUAGAAACACAGAAACAGAAUCUUAAUGGUAAAAUCAAGAAGUCAGCUCUAGAAUAUAAACAACAAAUUGAAAACAUUGAAGAAGAGAAGGAUAAACUUCAGUUAUUAAAUCAACAAUUAUCUACAGAUCUUGACUCAUGCAGGGAACAUAUUGCCAGCAAAAAUAAAGAAAUCCUUAAGCUACAAGAGGAGAUAUUGGUGCUAGAGGAUAAUGUUAGAGAAUGUAAGGUUAAACAGAAACAUGCCGAGGAUAUGUUAAAGAUAGAAGCUGACAAACAAAUGGAGCUACAUGCUAGGUUUGAAGCACAGGAGGAAGAAUUGAAAAGAUUACGUAAUUUUCUAGCUAGGAAAGUAGAACAGUCAGGUGACUCGGAUAAAACCAUGUGGCAGGAGAUGAAUCGAGUAAUUCAAGAUCUGAGUCGUCAAAUGACUACACAUCUAGACUCAACAAGGGGUGGAGACAAAGAGAAGAGUCCCGAGUCCCUUGUAUCUAGGUUACGAAAACAGGUAGCUGAAGUUCAGGGUGAACUAAGUACAGAGAAAUCCCUACAUCAGAUCACUAAGACAUCGUUAGUGGCGCUAGAAGAAGAUUGUCAAAGGUUACGUAAACAGUUACAUCAUUAUCGGAGACGUGAUCCACCUUCCGGAGAAAAAAAACACAAAAACAGAAUGGAAGCAAUCAAUGCUAUAAUUGCCAGGUCACAGUCCCAGGCGCAAGCUCUUCUGUCUUCAGGCGGUUACUUUGAUGACAGUAUGGUCAGCCCUAGAGUCCGCACACACCAGGCCAGUACCAGAGUUGGAUUUCACAGUCCACGUCAUGCAGACUCCCCGGACAAUUCCUACUGCGAAGAUUUGUCCGUUGCUAGUUUACCACCAAUGCAUUAUGGGCUUCCGUCCUCAAAAUCAUAGUAUAGCUUGUGCAUUUUGAACUGUAUAGUAGCAUAUAGCUAGUACAUACUGAAUUGUACAGUAGAGUAUAGCUAGUGCAUACAUGAACUGCACAGUAUAGUAUAGCUACUGUACAGUAAUAUGGUCAUCAAGUUUAGUUAAUGGAUAUUGAAAUGUCUUGAUUAAUAAGUUAUUUAGUUGGUGCAUAUAAUACACAAGUAUUACAGUUCAGUGUGUUUAAUUAAUUUUAUGCAAGACAAAUACUGUGUACAUUACCAUUGUAGUUUUUCACAAUUCAUACAGUAUAGACUUAUCUCUAUGGAAUAUUGUAAAAGUAUAGCCUAUACAUACUGAACUGUCAUAAAACAUUGUAUUAAACCUUACUAUGCAUUAUUUCUACAGCAGCUGAUUACAAAUUUGUAUGAUAUUUUAAGAGAAUAUAACUGCCAGUAUUUUAUUUUGAUAUUGUCAGUCAUAUGAUAUUAUAUAGUUUAAUAGAAGCUGUAACUAGAAAAACAUACAGAAUAUAUAAAUGAUUAU